AUGAAGCAUAUUGUGAAGAUUGUAGCACUACUUGUGGCCGUCUCCUCCUGUUGGAUUGGGUUAUUGCACACCUCUGUGAUUCCAAGUAGUCAUACUUGGUUGCUUCCUAUUUAUUUUGUUGUAUCACUGGGAUGCUAUGGUCUAUUAAUGGUUGGAGUUGGCUUGAUGAAUUUUCCAACUUGCCCUCAAGAAGCACUGCUACUGCAACAGGACAUUGUUGAGGCCAAGGAAUUCCUAAAGCAGAAAGGAGUAGACGUUGUGAUUGGGAACAAAUGGGAUACGUAUCUUGAUCUUCUUGAAGCCAAUUACGCUGAAGGAGAUGCUCUUGAUGCUUUGGGGUUGGUUCGUUAUUGCUGUAGAAGAAUGCUUAUGACUCAUGUUGACCUCAUUGAGAAGCUUCUGAACUACAAUAGGUAUAUUUUAGUCAAUUUGCAAACUCUCCUCAGAGUAGACCCUGCUAGUUUAGUGAACUUUAUUCUCUGGAGAAAAGUGAGGGCAGUUGAGAAGCUUAUGGCAUCGCGAUAG